AUGAGCCGUGAAGUGUCAGGAGAAGCUGAAGGGGUGACAUUGCUGGAUGCAAUUGAUGCGGGUCGGAUCCCGCGCCCCGCUGAAAUGACUUUCCCGAGAUGGCAAGCCUGGCGACGCGGCGAAGGCAUGAGACCUACGCGUCGACGGGAUGGACGAGGCCUGACCACUGCUGAAGAGGUAGAGCUGUGGAGAGAAGUCAUGCGGCAUCUCUAUGGAGACGAUCGAGCAGAUGCGCUCGGAGAAGAAGAUGAGGAAGGAGAAAUGGAAGGAAGUCCUGAAGGGGUUCUGGCGAUUCCUCACGCGGUUUCACCCAGUCCGUCCGAACCGCCUGAGGGCAGCCCGACUCCUUCUGUUGCAGGUUCUGCGGCUGCAAGCGUGACUGGCUUGAGAGCCCAGAUCAGAGCCCUUUACGAUCCUGAAAAAGAAGACCUGGGUGACUAUCUCUUACGAAUGGGACGAAUCGUCACUGCACUUCAGGUCUUGGACGCAGGGUGUGCUCCUAACACGCUUGACUUGAUCACCUGCAAGGCUGAGAUCUUGAUCGAGCUGUACGGUGAAAUCGGCACUAUGGAUCGAAGACGCGCCGUAGCAGUUCUGAGGGACAAGUUCACGGCGUAUGCCUUGGACGACAAGAUGAGUCCUCGAGAGAAAGACCUCUCUAUCGGAGCGGUGGGAGAGAUCAUUCAGCAGCUGGGAGGGUAUCCAAGUGCGAGUCCUGACAAGGUUUUCAGUACUCCAUCCGAUUCCAAAGGAAGCGGAGCAAAGAAGGAUGGCCCCUCAGGUCCUGCUGGAAGAGGUGACAAGUCUCCUGGAGGCGAGAGUUUCGCUUUAAAAGCUAAGCUCGCAGCCUUAGAAAUGGAAGUGGAAGCUCUAAGAGCACCGAAGAAGGACACAGGGGCGAUGUCGGAUGCCGGAGGAUCGGUGGAGUCGGUUGGCGGGCUUGCCGCGGCUUUGGAAGCACAGACAAAGGUGCUGAAGGAAGCCCUCGCGGGUCGCAGUACCAGUUCUGUGACCGCGGUCAAAACGGAUCUCCACUGGCCGACACUUGGAGACGAUCGCUCUGAUUUUCGCGAUGUGACCCAAUUUUAUGAGGAGUUUGAGGACAUCUGCGGCCUAGCCAACUCUUGCAAAGGAAUGAGUGCGAGGGAGAUGCUGUUAGCACUCCGGUCCAGAUGCAGGGGUAGUCGUCUGAAGACGUACCAGAACCUGUACAAGACCGCCUGGCAAGCCGGAGAGGUUGUGAACAGCCCGGAAACGGUCUACGAGCGAAUCAAAGCCAAGCAUCUCAUGUUCAGUGAGUCCAGAGAAGAACGUGAGAUUCGCAUCGACAGCGAGCAUGCCAGCCUGGCAAAAGGGAAGCUUACCGGGCACCAGUUCGAACCGUUGUUUGAGCAUUCGGUGGCGGAGCUCGAGUCGGUCGGCCUUGGCAAGACUCCUCGAGAACUUUUCCUGAGCUAUCUUCGAAAGGUCAGCCCUACGCUUCAAAAGGAGAUCAGAGGAGAUAAGAGGCUAUGGGGCUCCGAAGCAGUUCUGAGGGGACCUCAGACAUGGGAAGAGGCCCACAAGGUUGUCCUCGAAUUCGAGCAACGGGAGGCAACCAACCGAGCUACCGCGAGUGCAGUCUACACACUCCAAGGUGAAGGUGAAGACCGUCCAAAUGGCCGACCAAAGCACCCGAAGAAGUUGAAGAAGGAUGCUAAGGAAGGCCCAGCACCGGGUGCAAACAUUGCAAUCACCGCAGGUGAUCCUCGGAAGGAUAAGAUAUGCUGGCACUUCCGGGACCACGGUAGCUGCAGUAAGGGUUCAGGUUGCCCUUACUCCCAUGACAAGGAGCUGAGAAAGCGUGAACUUGAGCGUCUCAAGCAGCAAGGAAAGGGAGGCCAGGGCGGCGGUGCUCAACCAUCCUCGUCCGCACUCCCCGCAAAAGGAGGUGGUAAAGGCGGAAAGGGGCCGAAGCCCAAGGCUAAGGCCGAGCCUAAGAAGCAAGCUGAAAGGAGCGAUAAGCCGGACAAAUCGCAGAAGCAGUGCCCGUUCUUUGCCAAAAGAGGAGCAUGUAAGAAGGGCGACAGCUGCGAUAUGUCGCAUACUUUGGCCGCUUCCACUGCCGCCUCUUCAAGCGGAACCAUGCCCGCUGGAUGGGGUGCUCCCAGCGGGGCAGCCAUGAAUAAUCCAUUUGCUGCUUUCUCCGUUGUCGUGGCUCAACCUGGCCAGUCCGAGAUCGAGGACGACGGCGCGGGCAAGGUCAGCGUCUUCGCGACCGAGCCGCGCCCGAGUGGCCAGUCAAAUGGGCAGCCUUUCACUGAACUAGACCAAUUGCCUCAGGAUUGGUGGAAGGUGGUGCAGAAUGAAAAGGGUGGAUAUCAAUACAAAACGAUCACGAAGAUCUUGGGAGUUGGAGUCGAGACCAUGCUGGAUGGUUGUGCUGGUUCCAAUCAUGUUACUGAGGAGCUGGUUGUUUCGAUUCUCAAUCGAGCCGCAUCGCUGGGACUGACCCCCGAAGACCCGAAGUUCCCUGUGGUCCAGUUUGAAAAGUGGGUCUACCAGGAGUUCGUCCACGGGAUAGCCAGUGGGUCCCCGGUUCCUCUGAAGGGAGCCGUCGUCCUGAGGGUCAGGCUCCAAGAAGGAGUUGAUCCGAAUCGAUGUCGGGAUGGGCCGGAGAUAUUCCUCCGCUGCAAGAUCGCCGCAAGAGGAACGAGUGACUGGCAUGGCCUGAUCAUCGGCGGGCGAGCUCUCGAUUGCGAGGCUCGUCGCGGGUUGGGUUUUCGUCCAGGCCCAUCGGCUCACAUCUUGGAUGCAUUGGGGCUCCUGAUGCCUCGUUGCGAGGAUCUGAGCGCUGAGCGGAAGGACAGAGCCUACGCCUUCGAAUCCACGUUAUCGGCAGUGGACGGGGGACUAGUAGGGGCUUUCGAACCUGAGGUCUGUUCGAACCGAACCUUACUCUACUACGAUGGAGAGGAACCUGUGACGUUGGAACCAGGAGAAGGUGCUCUCAUCCCAGUGGAGUCUGGGUUUCGCAUCGCGGAAGUUUCCGUAGUAGAAGCUGCGUUGCCCAUAGAAGGAUCAGUGGAGGCCGUCCCAGGUGUAUGGCCUACGGGAGCGUCCCAAGGCAUGCUUCUAGUUGCGGCUCGGGACGAGCCUGUGGCGCUGGAAAAAGGAACUCCAGUUGGAGAGCUGAGGUCUGGUUUCGUGAGUUCAGGAACUUGCGAGUGUGGCGCUGUGGAAACCAUCCUAGAAGGUGCUGCGGAAGACCGCUGCGGAGAAUGCGGAGCCGUGAAUAGCUCUCUGGCAGAACAAUUCUGCCAAACAUGCGGAAGAACGGGGGCUUAUGAGGCAACUGCGCUCCAAGGUUGUCGUUCCUGCAGUGGAAGUCGGAGGCGGAGCAUAUGGCGCUCUGCCGCGCUCGCCUUCGUGGUCGGCCUCGGGGCCUUAGCAGGAAGCAGCUCCAUGAUGGCAUACCAGGAUGGCCAAUGUGAACUGGAUCGGUGGUCCACGUUUCCAGGUGGAGUUGUCCGCGCUCACUAUGAGUCGCGGGACAGUCUCUAUAUUCCGGAAACGUCAGAUUGCCCAUGGUCCUUAGAUGGCUUGUCGGAUCGUCGGGUCACGUGCGCGAAAUGCACGGAUGGCCAGUUGAUGACAGUUGAGGAUGACUGGCGUCACGAUCCGUCCGGACAGCUCUCCGGCAAAACAUGGACAGGAGAGACCAGGUUUUUCUGGCGUUCAAGCGGAGGCGUCCACAAUUUUCGUGAUUGGAGAAGUACGUGCACGGAGGCGGUGUACCACAUUGUGGAAGUCCCGGGAGGAAUCGAGCGCAUGGCGGAGGAGACGCCGACGGAUCGGUAUUAUGAGGCUCUUCGGAAUGAUCUUGGCAAGAGGUACCCUUCCGCGGACAGAUUCCUCUUGGAUCAUUUGGUGUCGCUCGAGGGCUUCUUGGACAAAUCGAUCAUCUUCGGGUUCAGCUAUGGCGUCGGGAAGGCUGAGCUGUGCCGUACUGGAGGGAAACUCUUGGGACAUAUCAUCGGAAGGUCAGGAUCUUCCCCUGAUCCGGAACGCGCUCAAGCGGUCCGUGACUUUGCGCCACUCAAGGAGAAGUUGCACAUUCAACAAUUCCUUGGUUCUGCAAAUUGGUUGAGAACGUACUUGCCCUCAGAGUUCGGACAUUGCGCAAAGGUGCUCUCAGCUUACCAAAAGCCAGGCGCGGCCUUCCCUCCAGAAGGGUUAGGCGCGGGCAAUUCAGACGGGUGUAAAGCCGUCAGAGCAAUCAAAAAGAUGCUGGAAUCGGCUAUCUGUCUCUCAGUCUUUGACGAAGCGUCGGCAAUCACAGGUGAGUGCCCUUUGGAGCAAGUUGCCGACGCGAGCGGAUAUGCUGUUGGUGGCACUGUGCUCCAGAUGAGCCGGGAUCUGACUCAGAUGAAAGUUUUGAUGACUCACUCUAAAAGUCUGACCCCAGCCCAACAGUCAUGGGCUCCGUUGGUGCAAGAGGCAUUUGCUCAGCUGGAGGUGAAGCGUGCUGCCCGCAAGACGUUCGGAACUAUCCGUUCAAUUUGUUGGACGGACCACUCAAACCUGACGAGAGCUCAGCACAUCGAUAUUGGCGGUGAUGUCAAGCUAGUUCGAUGGAUCGCCGAGAUCCUUGCAGAUGGUUCUGAAAUCAGGUCGUUGAGCGGCCGUAGUGCCAAAUUAGGAGACGGGUUCUCCAGAAAUCCGAAGGAAAGAGAUGAGCUGCUACAGGAACGGACCAAGGACUUGGAAGGCCUUGCCGGUCAGCUUAAAGGAUUCAAUCUGGAAGAGUACCUGGGUGAUGGAACGGAAGAUCCGGACAUCCCAGUUGCUUGGGCUAUCGGAAAUGAUGCCGUCCCGUCUCCUGGCGGUGACGACAGCGAAUCGCGUCGUCGCGCCGAGCACACUGGCUCAUUCUCCAGCGGUAGCUGCGUUGUUUCGCGCAGCUACGCGGGAGGUGUGUCAGGGUCUGAAAUCAAAGUUUUGGUUAUUGCCGAUUACGAAGAAGCCGGCCGUACGGCCGCAGAAGUUCAAAAGAUCCAAUUGUGUUUCCAGCAUUCGAUGCCUGGAACCUCCGUGGGAGUAAGAGCUACCUACGGGGCCUUUGAGGAUGAUAAUGGUCGUUGCUCGCACCUGGAUGGCGCGAACGCCCUGUUGAAAGGAGACAGGCAGACCAAGCGGGUCAGGGUGGAUCUCCUGACUUCGAGUGCUAAGGCACUUCGGAGCAUUGGCGGGUACUUGCCCGAUUUCGUGGUGGGACUCGGCCAGGGCGGCAUCAUUGCCGGCAUGCUUCGUUUUCCUUUGGUGGUGGAAGUUACGUUGCAGGCUCGAAACCUGCAGCGAAAAGAAAUCCAAACUGUCGUGGCUGGAUGGGCUCAGAUCAAGGCAUUUUGGGCCAUCAACCCGCGGAUGUGGAAGACUUCCCCGGGGGCGGAUCUGCUCCUUCUUUCCUGUCCUGAAAUUGGAAAGGAGUUUCCGGUUGAGCCUCUCAGGGCAUAUGGAAUUGUGACACGUGGCCCAAACCUGGAAGGUGUUCGUCGGGUCACGGAAGUGCUUAAAGCUGGGGAGAUCAAAGAGAUCGCUUCCGUGAAUUUGAUCAGUUUGGCCAAGGAGCCUUCGAUCGAAGUGUUCGAGCACAAUGGGCAGUGCGCAUGUGGGAAGCGAGCAUAUGUGUUCGCAAGAUGUGUGUCCUGCAUUCAGAAGGAAGCAGCGGAUGAUAUGGAAGCUUCCGCUAGGGCCCUGGCAGAAAAAGAUGCCGAAGUCCUCCCUGAAGCCGAGCUGCUCGCCGAGGAAAUACUUUCUUAUUUUUCAGAUCAUGGAGGUCGCUCCAGGGUUUACGUUCUGAAAAGUCCCACGAUUGUCAGAUGGGUCCAGCUAUGGAUCGAUUCGAAAAUGCCCUCUGGAUUUCAUGAUGUUCCGGGCGGGUUCGGACAAGUUCGGAUCCGAGCUUGGAGACGCGGUGAGGCGUUCCCAGCGGAGUGUGCUGCGGAGCGGCCUUGGAAGUUCAUCGUCCUCUGGAGUGUUCAAGAGGACGGGAGCGUCUGUCAACUUCGAAAUUGCUGUCAGGCUGAUCGGGUGAAGCCUUGCAAGCCGAAAUGGCAUGUGGAUCGUGUCAAUUGGUUCAAUCAUAUGGCCUUAGUGGACCAAGUGUGCUCAAAGCUGUGGAGCGAUGAGAAUCCGCGGCUUGACUGGCCUGCGGGAUUCGCGAGGCUCCUAUCCCUGCUGGGCCAGGUCACCAAAGUGGUAAAAUGGGAUGAUGGUGACGGAAAGGCCAGCAUCGGCCAUCGUCGAGAUCUGGUUCAGAAGGAAGUGUUGGUGGCCUUCUCCAGACCUACACCAGGGAGUUUCUGGUUUGAACUAGAACUGGGGAAAAAGGUCAAAGUCGACGAGCAUGGGUCUCGGCCGACCUUGGCAUUUCUUGGGCAGGACUGGAAGAUCAGGAUGGUCGUAGAAGUUCGUUCUAAGGCUUGGGUUAUGACGCAAUGGCUUGGGAACCUUGAGGAGCCCGAGUCCCGUCAGCCUUCUCACGGUGGCUCUACAUAUGUGGCUCUCGAGGACGGUCUUGAUGAAGACGUGCCGUCAGGCCAGGACGUUGGACGGCUGAGAGCUGAGCUAGCUGAGGAAGCCCGUGUCCACGCCGGAGUCGCGGAAUUCUCGGUGACGGGCUCUUUGCGCAGCCUUUGGUACGAGGCGCAGAGAAAGGAUGAGUCGCUGGCUGGCCACUUCCGAAGGACCGGUGAUCCUUUCCGCCUGGGGGCGGAUGGCCUUUUGGAACGGCAAGUGGCUUUAGUCACUGGAGACAAGGAGGACGUCAAGAAGUGGACAAGCCAGUGUUUGGCAUGCCUCAAGGACUCCACGUUGGUCAGAAGUGACAGAGGCACGGAAUUCAAGAACACCAUGAUGGCAGAGUUCUGCGCCUUGAUGGGAGUCCAGCAGCGCUUCAGCAUGGCCAUGAGACCAUGUGAGAUGGGAGCCAAUGAGCGGAUGCACCAGGAAGUGCAAAAGGUUUUGGGGAUCAUUGUGAAGGAACUGGUCCGCGGAGAGUCUGACGAAUGGUCAGAGCUCCUCCCCUUGGUGGAAUUCAUGCUGGACACAAGUCCUGGGCCACAUGGGUAUUGCCCGAGAGACCUGGAACGGGCCUGGUCUUUGGGUUUUGGACUCGAAAAGGACUUGGUCCGGGAGGCAAUGCAGUUUGAACCUAUGUCUGAUUGGUCUAGAAGACAGUUCGGUCAGUUCUCUGUCCUUGCCAAGAAAGUCCAGAAGCAUUGGGAGCAGUCUUCAGAAGCACGUGCAAAGCUGGCCAAUCGGUAUCGGCGAUCUGUUGAUUUGAAGCCAGGGGAUCGUGUCGUUUGGCAUUCCCCCACGUCUCGGCCAGAGGGGGCGGGGCGUGUUCCGUGGCGUCGUGGUCUGUCCGGUCCGUGGGAAAUUGUUUCGGUUCACGGCAACAAGCUGGUGCUGCGUUCCGUCCCGGGCAUCACAGACAAGGAUCGCCAAGGCCCUUUUGAAGCUCACGCUGAAGAUUGUGUUAUAGUCCCAGGAGACGUUGAGGAGCGUCUUCCUGUUGUGGAAUUGGAUCUGUCGCAAGAUGCGCAAGGUGCUGCCCCUUCUCUCGGCCAACGAAUGCAUGGUCAAGGUGAGCAGUACGAGUUCGUGAUGCAACGCAGGGGUCGCCAAUUCGUCCUUCGUAUUGGGGAUUCUGUGGCGUACACCCGUGGAGCCAAGGUCUGCAAGUUGGGCAGGGUGACCCAGGUAUCCGUCGCAGAAGGUACCAUUGGGGUUCACGUCUACAGGCCUCUGAUCGGCUCCCUCCGAGUCAAAUGGGUCCUCGCUUAUUUGGAUGAGCACGGAGAAGUGUCUGCAGAUGGCACCCGUCCGUCCUUGGACCAGGUCCGCCUGAAGGAAGUUAUCACCAAGGCCGACAUCUCCAAGGAUGGCGUGCUCGCAGCUGCUACUAGCCGGAAGCUGGACAAGGCUGGCUAUCGCCUUCACGAAGAUGCAGUCGGCAUCGCCGAAACCGCCGAGCUGAGGGGCGUCCAACCUGUGGCGGGCGUCCUCGUCUUCGAGACGCCGCCCAGCAGUGUGGUAGCCGCUCAGGGGCCCGUCGAAGGUCUUCAUCGCUGGUUGAUCCAGCACGGCCGAGCCUCCAAGGUGGUUUUCUUGGAAAUUGGCUCAGAAACUGCAAUGCUGACCUCUGUAGCGCGCUCUUUGGGUCUUGUGUGUGCUCCAGCUGUUAACGGUGGGAGUCCGUCCUAUGGUCGAAGUUGGGAUCUGACCCAGGUGCUGGAUCAGGAACUAGUAAGUCGGCUGAUCGAGUGGCUAGAGCCGCUGGUCAUUCACAUCAAGCUGCCUUCCGAGCGCUCUGCUGGGCCUGGGGCUGAUGUGGUGGCGAUACUUAAGGGUCAGCAAGACCAAGGGAGGCUGGGGACCUUGGAAGUUCCUCUUCACUCUGAAGUCGUCGGUGCAAACGAUUUCGUCUCUGCUUUUGGCCCUCUGCGCCAACCGGCUAAACCAUGGAACGUGGUCAGGGUAGACCAGUGCCAAUAUGGUUUGGGUGUCGAAGGUGCGCAGUUGUGGCUAGCCAACUACGAUUUGUCUGAGCUGAGUGCCCGUUGUGGUCGGCCAGAUGCUCUUUCUGCUACUGAACAUGUGCAUGACUCUGGCCGCUCGGACGACCAGAAGGGAGACUACACGUCGGUCUGUUGUAGUACUUACUGGCGGUUGACCAAGCAAGCACUUCUAGCUCGCAAUCUCCAGAUACGAAACCUGAAGAGGUUGGAUAGUUCCAGCUUCGCCGCGGCACCGAUUGGGUUUCCCGUCGACGCGCGGUCCUUGCAAGGAGACGUAUUCGCGGUAUCUGGCGGUGGAUCCGCCGAUGCGCGGGACAUGGAAGCUGCGAAGAUCCCCGACCAGGACGUGAACGUUGGUCCGGAUCUUUCGCCUCGGAGUCGGGAGAAGCUCGAGCAGGAGCUUGCAGAGCUGCAUCAAAGGAUGACCAAGCUGUGGGACGAAAGAGCGUCCAAAGGUGACUGGGAUGGAGUCAAAGCGGAUCUUGCUGUCUACCGUCUUAGCGGACAGGAAGUGGUAGAUGAUCCGAGGAGGACGCCUGAAUACCGGAAGCAGGUUGUCGAUGGACUUGGAUUUGGUGUUGACGCGACACCUACUUCGGGAUUGAAUGCAGACGAUCUCGGGGCCUGUAGAGAUGUCCUAUCCAGGAAGGCGGCGGCUUUUUGGCUAGAAGGCACGCCAAGGACUACGGUCCGAAGCGUUGCCCAUGAUUGCGUCCCAACAGGACCCCCGGUAUCGCUUCAACCCCAUUCCCUCAAGGGAGAAAGUGCAGCGUGGGUGGAUGAGCGAUUGGAGGAAGAGGUGCAGCGUGGCCAAUUGGUCCGUGGAGCGUCUGCCUGGGGUUCCCCACCAUUUCCGACAAAGGAGGCACCAGCCCACAAGAGGAGUCGCAAGAGACGCCUGGUGGUAGAUUACCGGCGCGUAAAUGCCCGGGUGCUGAGGAGCACAUACUACUGCAGGAAGGCAACGGACGUCCUGUCCCAAUGUGCGGGGUCCAUCUGGUAUUCCUUCGUGGAUGCGGUCACGGGGUUCAACCAAAUCGAGAAUACCAGAAGGGCUAUGGAGGUGCUAGCCAUCGUAGCACGCUCUGGCAAGUUUCUCCCCGUUUGCCUGACGUUCGGGCCUGUGAACGGGCCGGAUGAUUUCUCCUACGUCGUGGACCGCGCUUUCGGUCCAGGACGAGGCAGGCAAAUGAAAUAUACCAAGGAGUGGAUCGCCUAUGUGGACGAUCUCACAGUGCGAACGGGAAGAGUCAUAGACAAAAAGUUCAUGACUGACAAGGAAUUCGACGAAGAGAUCAAAAGAGCGAUGCGCGCCUCACCUGUAGGAGUCGGUCAACCCCCAAAGGAAGCUAUGGAUGCCCUAGGUAUCAAACCAGGGAAUGUAGGUUCGACCCCUAAGGUUAAGCAUGACGAAAAGGAAUCGGACCAUAAUUACCCCACCAGAGCUGUAGCGCGGUCUGUAGGGCGGCUUUCCCCCACGACGCGUUUUGGUGGUCGUGGUUCUAAGGUUGUGUUAGGUUUCCUGGUCGUGAGGUUGGUUAGGUCUAGGUGGUUGGUUGGGUCCAGGUGGUUGUCUGGGUCCAGGUGUGGUUUCCCGCAGCUGUUUGGCUCGAAGCCCAGCUUCCGGGUUGGGUCUGGGUUUGGUGAGCAGGUCGGUGGUCGCGUGGUUAGGUUCGCCAGCUGCCGAAGGACCGGAAUACCAAAGCAGUGGAAACCCAUCGCGGGUCAGGUUAGCGUUUCGCGACCUGACCGCGAAGCCGCGGGUCGAGUGUGCGGUUCGCCACUCGACCGCGGCACAAUGGCGUCGUGGAAAAAGGCGCACCGUGGUCGAAGGAACCCGCAGAAGAAUUGGGGCGACCUGGAGUAUGCCCUGACGCGGGCCCUCCGACAUGGAGAAUACGGGAUGCGUGGCCAGUUGCAAGCGGAUGGUUGGGCACCUAUCCGUCUGGUUGCGGACCGAGUCGGAGUCGCGGUCGAAGACGUGAGGAGGUCUGUCGAGUGGCAAAGCCGCGGUCCCAAGGUGCGCCUGGAAAGUCUUGGGGACUGGGUGCGCGCCUUACAGGGCCACUCCUCGGACAGCGGGCUUCGACCUCAUGACUUCACCAGCAAGGUCAGCCUGCCCGGUAGCACGCGACUCCUGCAUGGCAUGUUCAAGGAGCGUGUUGCCGGAAUAGCAGAAAAGGGGUUGCUUGCUGGCGGAACGGGUCGAGUCGGAGAAGGGCGGCUGUUCGUCCACUGGUCCGCCAACGCGGAAGGGGUCGAAGGCAAUAAAGCAGGUGUUCGAGGCGGUGCAGAUGUGGCUGUUCUGUCUACAAUAGACGACCUGCGCGACGCCGGUUGCUCCCUCCGCCAAGGAAAGGAUGGAGUAAUCCUGUCGUCUGAUGUUCCGGCCAAAGCAUUUGAAAGCAUCCGAGUCUACUACCAUGAUUCGGGAGGUCUCGGAGCGACCUUGUGGACUCCGGACGUAGGCUUUGCAGAAGCAGAGCCGCUGCCAACAGGAGAUUCGUAUGAUACGACAAGCUCCUCUUCGGAAAGUGAAGCAGAGAGCACUCCUCGACCUGAGGGGCGUGCAACUGGACCAGAACAAGCAAGCAGUUCAGGGGUCGUUCGCGACUCACAAGGGAAAGAGGUCAUUGCACCCGCGGCUCCAGAUGACGGAAAGGAUGUCAAAGAGGAGUCCCCUGUCGAUCCAGACUUCGAAGAAGUCAAAGAGGAGUCCCCUGUUGAUCCAGACUUCGAAGAAGUAAAGGAGGAGUCCCCUGUUGGCCCAAACUUCGAAGAAGUAAAGGAGGAGUCCCCUGUUGGCCCAAACUUCGAAGAAGUAAAAACCGAGGAGGAGCCCCCGCGGGCCGGGUCUGCGUCUUCGCGGCCUGGUCGCGGAGAAGAGAGCGGAGAGCCGAACCGCCAACGUGGUGAAAUGUCGAAGGAAGAGCGGCAGGAUAUCUGGUCGUCAAGCCGUCGGACGUGGGCUCAGAGGGCGGUGGAGAACACGCUGGCCGGGGUUGCAGUUGAUGAGUUGACUCACCAGUUCGGACGAUCUCCAGCCCUCUCGAGACUGGUCGAGAAGCAGAAGGAUCGCCCCACAGAAGGAGGUGAGCGGGAGCUGAAUCGCAACAUCAAGGCAAUCACGGCAAGCGCGACUGCUACUGCGGUGAUUCGCCGCCGAGCUGGGAAACCAGAGCCUACGUACGAAGCCUACGAGUACGGAAAGGCGGUCGCCAGGACUGUGGAAGGCGCCGACGAUAGGCUCGAAGCGGCGUUGGCUCCUGGAGUCGCUCAACCCACAGUCCAAGGGGCGGACUCGAGGUUUGCAGCAGGAGUGAGGGCUCAAGAGCCUAUCCGCCAGCUAAAGCGGGAGCUGCGUGCGCGGAAGCGGGCAGCGCUGCACCGCAAGGAGGUGGGUCAAGACGACGCUCGCCGUCGGUUGGAAAGGCAGGCGGUGGCUGGAGUACCGCGCCUAGCAGUGGGCGCAGCCUGGCACGUCGAUGAUGGUGUGCCGGAGCUGACGUACGCGGCCGGCAGCUGGGAGUGUGACCUUUGUGGAACGGUCGCACCGCCCGACAGUGAUGUCUGCGUGGGAUGGUCCAAGGGAUCAAGGUGCGAAGGGACCUAUGCAGCCAACUUCCGAGCUUGGGCUAGAAGCCGACCUGCGAAGGGUCAGAAAAGGAGUCGCCGCACUGCUUUGGAGGCGGCACUCAGGUCCUCGCAAUGGAAUUGUGCCAGGUGUCAGAGCGAGAACCUCGCCUUCAGGCAUGUGUGCUACAAGUGCGGCCGUGCCCGACCUGAGCAUGACCUGCCGUCUUCAGAUGAGGAUGACAAGGUCGGUCGAGGAUCCCAGGCCAUGGGACCUACGGGAUUUCAAAAGGAAGAUGAAGCCCGGCAGGGUCUCCACCUGAGGUCCAAGAAAAAGAAAAGGGGUGGCGCCAAGCACAAGAAAAAGGUCGGCCGACGCUCAGGUGUGGCGAAGCGCCUUCACAAGGUGGCGCGCGCGGCGGGGUCUGCGUAUUCGCGACCUCGCGCGGGUAGCCAGAAGGCGCACAAGAAGGGUAAGAAGAAAAAGCCUAAAAAGAAGGUGUACUCUUGGUCCAUCAGCCGGAAGAGCCGUAACCAGGCCAAGAGAGCCUCCAACGGGAAUGGUUGGAACCUUAACCAAAUGGCAGGAGCGUUUGCCAUCCUGAUGGCUUUCCCGGUUCUGAAGGAGUCAGAAGAAGUGGUCGCGGUCACUUCGGAGGCCAUCCAGGAUGCGAUCUCCACCACUGUGGAAACCUACCAGGAGAUCGUGACAGAAGGCGGAAAUCAGCUCAAGAUGCUGAUCGCCGCUGCAGGCAUCGCCCUCCAGGUAAUGAUGACCUGGUACCUGUCCAGUAAGGUUCUGAACUUUUGGUGCCGCUAUGGCCACGGGAAUACGGACAAGGCCCAUCUCGUGGAACUGCGAGGAGAGGUCACCUUGUGGGACGUGGCCGGCACCAAGGGUCUUCACAGGGUGCGGAUAGCAGGUCGGCAGGCAGGGUGCGCUUGCCGGACGUUCUUGAGCAAAGGAAGCUGCCCGCACACCCAAGCAGCCUUGGCAGCGCUGACUGCGCUUCCAAGCAGGCCAGAACAACCCGUCGCUGUGCGACGUGGCCAAGCAGCAUUGGGCCAAGCAGGCUCUGUGGCUAGCUUUUCUGGCUGUUUCCAAGGACUGGUCGGGAAGGCCAAGCAGCUGACAGUGAGCGCUGCGUCCGCCUACCCGACGGCCCAGGAGGCCGCAAGGAGUUCAGAGAGGGAUGAUGGUGCAUUCAAAAGGAAGGUCAUCAGGGAAUCCCUCAGCCUCGAUACUGGGUUGGUCGAAGAAAGGCCUGAGCAAAGCCUGUUGGCGCUGCCCGAACAUGCCCACCACAGUGGAGACGGAGACCAAGCCAAGGUAGUGUUCCUGAAAGAUGGCGAGGUCUUUGAAUGGAUCACGAUCAAUUUCAGCAAGCUGGGCAAGGGCAGCAAGGCUUGCAUUAGGGCCUACAAUUUCGAUCAGCCGGACGUCGUGGAAGCCGUUAGGUCAGCAGCAAGCCGUGGCUGCGAUACCUACCUAGUCUGCGAUCGUUCGCAGGCGUCCGGAAAAACCAAACAGCAGCUUCAGGUCCUGAAAGAAUUGAGAAGCGUAGGGACCAAAGUGAAACUGGCUUCGGGUCUAGGCGUCAAUCAGGCCUACCGCAGUGAUGGUCGCUCCGUGCGCGUUGGCAGCCGACUCCAAGGGCUUCAUCACGCGAAAAGCGUCAUGAUCUGGUGCCACCCUGGGGACAAGGUCGAUAUGUUGGUUGGAAGUUGUAACUUCACCACGAGCUCGAAGGCCAACAAGGAAGCCAGCAUAGGUAUCAGCGUAAACUUUGGAACAGAGCUGGUCCGUUGCUGGGAGUCAGCCUUCGAAGAAGCAUUUGAAAAUGGUUCGAAUAUCGACCAGUUCGAGACAGAGCAAGGCUUCGACCGACGCAGGGCCGGCGCAGCCAGUUCAGUCUGCGAGCGGCGCCUGGAGCUGCGUUCCAAACGACCCGAACCAGAGAAAUUCAAAGAUGCCUUGACUGACGCACUGAACUCCGAGAAGCAAAUCUUGGAAGCAUCUCGCCAGGAGCUUUUGGAACUGGAGACCCAAGGGAAGAAGAUUGUGGACGAUAUGAGGGACAAACGGAAGUUCUUGUCAGAGGACACUGGCUUUCGGCGCCUCCAGAUGAUGGAAGAUAUGAAGACGCUGUCGCCACAGGUGGCUCUUCCACCGGUCAAGUCUCCAAAGGCGAGCAACAGCCCCAAAAAGGGAAAUGCGGAGAAGGAGGUCACCUUUCCAGAGGAGGCUGCUCCCAAUGGCGAGGCUGCCGCAAAAGAAACAAAUGAGGCAGCAAAAGAAACUGCAAAGGAGCCCAAGGAAGCCGCUAAGGAAGCCGCUAAGGAACCCAAGGAAGCCGCUAAGGAGCCCAAAGAAGCCGCUAAGGAGCCCAAGGAAGCCGCUAAGGAGCCCAAAGAAGCCGCUAAGGAGCCAAAGGAAGCUGCAAAGGAGCCGAAGGAAGCAGCCAAGGAAACUAAGGAUGAGAAGCCGGCUGAGGAGGCACCCAAAGAAGGCGAGGAGGCAUCAAAUGAGCGUACAUCACACACACUUUCUCCCGAGGAGCAGAAGAAAGCCGAGCAAGCCUCCAAAGAGCUCAUUGCGGACACUCUCAAACUCUUGGAGAAAUGCAGCUGCCACCGCAACAAGAGUUUGGAGACUAUAUUCAAGGUGAAGCAGGACACCAACCGGGCCAACCACAGAACAGAGGAUUGCCUUUCCAGGCGCACUGGGGAGCUCGCUGAGAUGAAGAAGCAACUGGAAAAGCAUGCUUUGGAUGUGGAGGCAGCCAUUCUGCGGGCAGAGCGAUCAUUGGAUCGUACGGAGCGAAGGUACAGCGGCCUGGCAUCAAAGCAGGUGCUUGGACUUGAUGCAAAGAAGGUCGGCAAGAAGGAGUCCAUCGUCCUGACUACCCGAAGCAAGCGAUCAUCCAGGCAAUAUCGUCCCGGUGCCGUGCUGGUGACCACUGGCAUCAAGAAGGGCAAGAAACAGGGUCCUGAGCAGCUCAAGAAGAUCAUCGGAUCCACCUGGAACCGCCCCGAGCUCCUUGAGACUGCCCUGAAGAAGUACCAAAAGAUCAAGCAGUCUUUCAAAAAGCGAAAGGACAUGGACACUCUCAAAAAUCUUCGUUCCGUUCGUGAAAAGCUGGGAGAGGAUAUUCGGAACAAGUUUGCAGCCCUGGAGAUUGACAACAUGUGCAGACCUGUUUGGACUGCGCCGCCAACUUCAUUGAAAUCAUUGGACGACCCACUGUUGAGGGGUGAGGCGCUUCUUUCCCCCACUGUGCUGACUUCACAGGCACAACUACCAGGUUUGAGACAUCAUCCAGUUGCCCGUACAUCCUCUGCUCCAGCUUUCCCAGCUGCCGACAAAAGACAGUGCUUGGAGCAGGAGUCUGGUUUUCGAGUUGCGCGUGGACGUUGCCCACAUGAUUGGACCAAGACAAUUUGUGAACCUGCAUUCUGUGCCGCUGCUCUGACACCUGUUCAAAGACAUGCAAUGCAGAACGCGCAUGAACGCACCAUCUAG